AUGCCUCCAGCACACAAGAACCAGGCUUUGCGCCCGGAAAACGUGUUAAAACGUGCCGAGGACCUUAUUGGUGUCGGCCAGAAAGAUGCUGCUCUCGAGGUGCUUUACGAGAUGAUCACCUCCAAGAGAACCAGAUACUUACCAGUGGAGGACUUGGAACCUAUUGGACUUUUGCUUAUUGAGUUGGCUGUCCACUUCAGAAAGGGUAAGGUCGCCAAGGAUGCUUUGCACCAGUACAAGAAGAACGUGCAGAUGUCUGAAAACGGUUUGGAGUCUGUCCAGGUGAUUGUGAAGAAGUUUAUUGAAUUGGCUGAGGGUAAGUUGAACGAGGCCCAGACCAAGGCUGAUAUCAAGAUGGACCAGGAAGACGACGAUGACUUGGAGACUUCUCAGACCCCUGAGUCGAUCUUGUUGUCUGCUGUGUCCAACACUGACCUGGCUGACAGAACUGAGAGAGAGUUGGUUACUCCUUGGUUGAGAUUCUUGUGGGAAGCCUACCGUGCUGUUUUGGAUAUCUUGAGAAACAACUCCAAGUUGGAGGUCACCUACUCUGCCAUCGUCAACCAGGCUUUCCAGUUCUGUUUGCGUUUCAACAGAAAGGCCGAGUUCAGAAGACUCUGUGAAUUGUUGAGAGCUCAUAUGCAAUGGGUUACCACCCAGGCUCCAGGUAAGACUGCUGGCGCCAACGUCAAUGCUGUUGACUUGUCUGACUCCGAGACCGUCCAGAGAUACUUGGAGCAGCGUUUCUCCCAGUUGAACAUCUCCGUUAAGUUGGAGUUGUGGCAGGAAUCCUUCAGAUCCGUUGAUGACGUCCACACUUUGAUCACCGCCUCCAAGAAGACUCCAAAGCCAGUCAUGAUGGCCAACUACUACGAGAACUUGGCUAGAAUCUUUGCUGUUUCUGACAACACUUUGUUCCACGCUGCUGCCUGGAACAAGUUCUUCAACUUGUUCUCCCAGUCUCCUAAUGCUACCGACAAGGAGUUGAGCUACUACGCUUCUGUUCUCGUCUUGUCCACCUUGUCUAUCCCAACCAAGUCUUUGAACAUUAACGAGACUAUCGUUGACGACCAGAAGGCUAAGCACACCAAGUUGACUUCCUUGUUGAACUUGAGUCAGGUCCCAACCAGAGACAGCUUGAUCUCUUCUAUUGAGAACAAGAACAUCUUGAAGUUCGUUGACCCAGUCGUCAAGGAUUUGUUCGAGAUCAUGAGCGACACCGAGUUCCACCCAUUGACUGCCAAGGACAAGGUUGCCGAUGUCUUCAAGGUUAUCAAGGACGACAAGGCCUACAGCAAGUACAUCCCAACCUUGACCGAGGUUGUGGCCAUCAGAUCCUUCCAGCAGGUCUCCCAGAUUUACGAAGCCGUCAAGUUGGACUUCUUGGUGUCUUUGGGUGUUAUUGAAGGUACUGAGUACACUUUGUCCGAGUUGGAGGUUGAGGAUAUGAUCGUCAACGCCGUCAAGAAGGGUCACUUAUUCUUGACUAUCGACCACGAAUCCCAGGUCGUUACUUUCGAAUCUAACCCAUUCGAAGACUCCUACACUGACUCCUUGUCUUCCAAGUUGCAGGCCACUCCUGCCGAGUUGGUCAGAACUCAGUUGUCCAAGUUGGCUUCCGUCUUGGCUCAGUCUCGUGAGGUCAUUGACCCACAAUACGAGGCUCGCAAGGAGCAGAGACGCGAGACCGCUUUGCAGAAUGCUAUUUCCGAAUUUGUCAAGGAGCAAGAGCUGAUCGCCGACCGUGUCAAGGUCUUGGAGGAGCGUAAGAAGCUCGCCGAGAUGCGUAAGCGUGAAGAGGAGGAGAAGGCUGCUAAGGCUAGGCAGGAGAGAUUGGUUGCUGAACAAAAGGCCGAACAGGAGAGAUUGGUCCAGGAACAGGAAAGAAAGAACUUGGAGAGAUUGGAGAGAGAGAAGAAGGCUAUCGCCGACAGCAACAAGAGAAAGAUUGCCGAAGAGAUCAACGCCAAGGGUAUUAUUCAGAUCGACUUGAACAACUUGGAAGACUUGGAUACCGACAAGUUGCGUGCUAUGCAGAUUGAGCAGUUGAACAAGGACAGAAAGAACUUGGACGAGAAGUUGAAGGUUGUCUUCAAGAAGGCCGACCAUCUCGAGAGAGCUUACAGAAAGCACGAGUUGCAGUACUUGGCUGACGAGGCUGCCACUCAGAAGGAGAGAGACGUCAAGGCUCACGAGGAACUCACCAAGAACAGAAUCGAAAAGGCCCGCAAGGAGCACGACAGUGCCAAGGCCUUGAAGGAGCGUUUGACUCGUGUUGUUCCAGACUACUCUUCCUUCAAGAAGCAAAUUGACGAGCAGAAUGCCUCCAAGUUGGCUGAGUUGAAGGAACAGGCUAGAGAAGCAUUCGAACAGGCCAAGCAAGAGCGUAUCGAGCGCGUCAAGCAGCAGAGAAUCGAGGAAUUGAGAGAAAGAAGAGAACAGGAACAGCGUGAAGCUGAGGAAGCUGCUCGUAAACUGGCCAGAGAAGCCGAGAUGGAGAAGUUCCGUGAAGAGAUGAGAGUCCAGAAGGAGAAGGAUGCUGCCUUGGCUGAGAAGAGAGCUGCCAUGGAAGCCGAGAUGGCCGGCCAAUCCCCAGCCCCAGCUGCUCCAGCUGCUAAGACUUACACUCCACCAAGUCGCCAGGCCACCUACACUCCACCAAGCCGCCAGACCCCACGCCCAGCUCCAGCUGCUGCUUCUCAAGCCCCACCAUCGGAAGCCCCAGCUCCAGCUCCAGCCUCUGACAAGCCAUUGACGUUUGCUCAGAAGAUGAAGUUGAAGAGAGAAGGUAAGCUCGCCUAA